UAUUGACAACCACACCAUCUCUCAUUGGCACCACCAGCUGAAGAGAGUUUUCUCCCUAAUUGUCUGCCCCAGUCUUUCCCCGAGUCUAUCACAGAGAGGUUUGUGAAGAAACAAAAGAAUAAUCAAUUCAUACGCUCUACUAUGGCACAGUUUGGCUGUAAUAUUUUUGCUUUGAUGGUUUAUUUCUCUCUUUCUUUGAAGACAUCUGCUACUAAGUUACUUUGUCCUGAUGUUUAUUUAUCAGACAUCAUCCCAAAUGUCCAUGCUAUCUGUGGAGAUCAAAACUCGUAUGAUGGAGGACUACAAUUGGCUGUUCAUGCAAAUGUUUGUGAAAACAAAUCAACAAUGCAAACAGUUUGUGGUAAGACCUUUUUUAAACUCCGCAAGUUAUUUUACAGUUACCGGUAAGUCUAGACCCGGGAGAACAAGCAGAAGCGUAACCUGGAAGCCUAGAACCAAAAUAUCAAGCAGAAGACCAGUUACGGCACACAGAAACUCUGAAGAAAAACAUCUCUGUCCGUCUGUCUGUUUUUUGGAGUUUGAGUGUGAUGUGGAGGGUUCUGUCCUAACUAACUUUCUUGGUCUUUUCUUUCAAUGUUAUUUUAUAUGGUGGAUGGUUAAUGCACUAUUUGUUUUAGCAGUAUCCACAGAUUGUUUUUCAAAGUUAGGGUGGAAGAGGACAGAGUAAGUUUCCUGGGGUUUAGAAGGUGUGGUGUGCACGAUGGAUUCUCAGCCUAGCGCGGAGGAGACGCUGUCGAUACGGCAUGGAUUCAGGUGUGUUCCUGAGAAUGUUAAAGUGGAGGAGGUUUUGCUUGCAGUCGGUGAACAGCCAUCAUUUUCAGGAAGACCGAGAACUUGCCCCUUGAAUCCCUUCAGUUCAUCUGUCUGCCACUGACUAAUGUACUAAAUACUAUGAUCAUACAUGGUAUCGACAAGUGCGGUGAAUUUUUAUUCACCCGGUUCAAAGGCUGCAAACUUUCAAGCCAGCAUGGAAUUCCAGACUGCACCAUCAACAUCAUGCCAAAUUGUGAAAAAUGCAAAAAAAAGCAUCAAAAUAAUAGUGUGGAUCAAUGGAUCUUUCUCUCUAUGGACAUGCAAGAUCGAAGUCAGAACAGCGCUUGUAUAACUAAAAAUAACAUCACAACCAUCAUCAAUGAAACGUUUUUUCCAAGUGUGAAAAUAUGUGAUUGUGAAGGCAUUGAAAAGACAUUUAAGAAGAAUGACCUAACCUCUGUCGAUGACUUGAACAGAGAUUGUAAAGGAAAGGAAGAAACAGUAUACCAUUGCGAGAAGUUGCAUUCCAUGAAAAACACAUUUCAACAAAUUACCAAGCAGGGACCUCAGAAAGUGAUCCUAGACAGCAUCAAAGGCUCAGUGACAUCACAUCAGAAGAACAAUUUGCUAAACUUUAGAAUGGCUCUACCCUCCACCAAUUAUGCAACGUUGGAGGAGAUGGAUGAUAUUUGGUUGGAGAUUCCUACUGAGGCCUUACGUGUUUUCCUGGGAGACACGGCAGAGGAAGUUAACCUGGGAGUAUUUUGGUUUGAGCAUCACAGCAUGUUCCCGGUGGAGGAGAACAACACUGAGCUCCUAAACAGUCGAGUGGUAUCCGUCGAUGUGGGAGAGGACAUCUCAGGCCUCAGUAGCUAUCUUAAGAUCACGUUCAUCUUCCAGAAUGCAUCAGUGGAAAACAAAUCACUAGUAUGUGUGUUCUGGGAUGUUGAAAAUGAUACUGUUGCACAUUGGAAUUCCUCUGGAUGUGUCACUGAGACAAAGGAAAAUGAAACAGUGUGCUCUUGUAACCACCUUUCAUUCUUCGCUGUACUUAUGUCUCCGGUCAGUGGCUCCAGUGCCAGUCUGAGCUCCUCCUCUGUGUGGUUGCUGACAUUGUUGUCCAGGGUGGGCUGUGGAAUAUCCCUCUGUUUCCUGUGUCUGGCUCUCCUCAUCCACCUCAGAAGGGGAAAAUCUGAUGAUUCCCUGUGCAUCCACAUCCACCUGUGCGUGGCGCUGCUGUGCCUCAACCUAACCUUCCUCAUCAACGACAGCCUAGCCUCCCUUGGUGUCCAUGGCCUGUGUGUUGCUAUGGCAGCAGCCACCCACUACUCUCUGCUGUGCACCCUCACCUGGUUCUCCCUGGAAGGCUUCCACCUCUAUCUGCUCAUCAUCCGGGUCUUCAACAUCCACAUCAACAGAUACCUCCUCAAACUGGGCCUGGUAGGAUGGGGAAUACCUGGCAUAGUAGUUACCAUAAUUGUUGCUUGUGGCAAAUAUGGAGAAUACAGAAUAUACCAGCAAGACGGUGGUGCUAUUCAAAUGUGCUGGCUGACUGACUCUGCUCUGACCACGGUGUCCUUCUCGUACUUCGUGCUGACAUUCGCGGUGAACAUGCUGUGCUUUGGGUCUGUGACAGUGAAGGUGGUGAGGGCCCACCGUCAGAGUCCUGUCCUGAGGGAGAGGGUUAUGAACAGGGGGACAGUACUCAGUCUGCUGGGUCUGGCCUGGCUCCUGGGGGUCUCCUGGGGGGUCCUGCUCUUCCAGUUUGGCCCCCUGAGGGAGACAGCCUUCUAUAUCUUCUGCACCAUCAACUCUCUCCAUGGCCUCUUCCUCUUUCUACGCUAUUGGGCUUUAACUCGGCCAGAGAAGGCAUCUAUCUCCAUGGCAACCAGUGUAUCUUCUUGAACUGAGAUGCAUCCAGCUGAGAGGCCAGUCCCUGACUAACAUGGUUAAACCUUCUACUACUAAUACCGCUGCUUCCAUUUUAUUACAUAAGUAUAAUGUUUAGUAUGUUGGUUUAUAACUUUCACUAUAGGCAAACCUAAACAUACUUUAUAAAUCGUAAUUACAAAAUUAAAACUUGUUUCCAGGUUUGCUCGUAAGCUUACUGUGCUCAUAAUACUUUUUUUAACUUUUCAAAGUUGUGCUGUUUAUUGCACUUUGUGCAUUUUGUUGUAUUUUGUGACCCACCUUCCAUGCAUAUUCAGUUUUGAUGUGUAUAGUCCUAGGCAAACAUCUAUUAGGUUCAAGUGAUUUUCAUCUCUGAAAAUAAUCAAAUACGUUUGGAUACCCAAUCGAUCACUCACCGUCGUACACGAGGGUAAGAUGAUGUAGUCGACUGUGAAUUGGUGCCUUUCUGUGUCUUUGACUGUUAUCAAAAACCCUCUGAAAGAUAUGCUCUUUUUUUUUGUCCAAUUUUAAUUUUAAUUCCCUUUUGGUUUUUGCAGAAUAGGUGUACAGUAUAUAACCUCCUAGCCUAUGGGCUACCUGAGAGAACAUUAGACCUACAAGUAGAUUGUACCUUAGCAUAACACCAUAUUUGCAGGGAUAGGAAAUCAAUGUUUAGAAAUGAACAUUUUUAAAUUGUGUAAAUAAUUCCAUAAGAAUUUGAAAGGGGGAGAUGCCUCACAAGCCUCUCUGGGGUUUUCUACCUCUUCUGCACAUGCUCUUUUUGUUUUCCUUUUACUUUGUGAUCAUAUUGUUUUGUAUUUUCUUGUGUGCCAUUAAAAAAAUAAAAAAUAAAAAUAGAUAUCC